ACGAGUAGCUUGUCAGAAAGUAGUCCCUGCUUCAAGGGAUGCCUCUGGACAUGGGGCAGCUAAGUCCCACUAUAAAAGCCAGCCGAGCUCCGUGCUCUCUCAUCCACUUCUCUGGCCUUCUUCUCCUUGGGAACAAGGUGCACGUCCUGCCUCCAGACAUGUCCUGCUACGACCAGUGCCGGCCGUGCCUUCCAUGCCAGCCCUGUGGCCCGACCCCGCUGGCCAGCAGCUGCAAUGAGCCCUGCAUCAGGCAGUGCCAGAACUCCACCAUUGUCAUUGAGCCCUCUCCCGUGGUGGUGACCCUGCCCGGCCCCAUCCUCAGCUCCUUCCCGCAGAACACCGUUGUGGGAUCCUCCACCUCCGCCGCCGUUGGCAGCAUCCUCAGCUGUGACGGAGUCCCCAUCAACUCUGGGUGCUGUGACCUCUCCUGUAUUACCAGCCGCUACUGUGGCAGCAGGUGCCGCCCCUGCUAAAGAUGCCAGACAGUGCCCCAGACCAGGACCCCAGGAACUCAGAACAUGCUGCUGGACAAAA